AAUGUCCCGAGGCCAUCAUACCAUGCUCAGGCUCGCCCUACGGGUGCACAUAUGUCUCAAAGCGUGCCGCUCUGCAACCACACGUUUCAUCCUGCCCUAUUGCAUCCAUGGCGCCAUUCCUCAAGUCUCAAAACGAUCGCAUCGACGCACAACACUCCAUGAUUAAGAAUCUUCAACGCCGCAACGAUAUACUCGAAGGCGGUCUCACCUCGAUCCAAGCCAUGCUCUGCACCAGCACCUUUGACAGCGUCGGCGUCGACUCGACCACCUUGCUUGCCUCUGCAUCCUCUCCGCUCUCACCACCACCUGCGAGCUCUAGCGCUACCGCGGGAUCGGCGUCAACUUCAACUUUGACUUCAGUUCCAAAUCAACCAAACCCAGAUCCUGCCGACCUUCCACCCUUCAACUCCGCUAUCCAUCAUCUUCUAUCCCUCCACGAAUCUCUCAGACAAGAAGUCGACCGCGUCUCCGCAGCCGUGUCUGAACUCGACGCACGGUCUAGCAUGAUGAUUAUGAACGAAAGCCUCCGCAACAAGGAAGACAUUACCCAUACCAACGCCGCGCUCAAUUCCAUGCGCAUGCAACUCCACUGGCUCCUCAGCGCGCGUUUGCAGAUGCAAUCCCGCAUGGCAGCCGCCGCGGCAGCAGCGGCAAAUUCUCCUGCUGGCUCGACUGCGGCAACCAGUCCGCCCAAUCGCUCGAGAGAUAUGGGUGUCGGCACCAGUGGCGCAGCAGUUGCAAGUGCCUUUGGACUGCCCCCGCCGUUGAGGCGUAUGAGUGGUAUGUUCCCCCUCUCACCCUCAUCACUGUUCUCUUUUAUUUCCUUUCUCUUUUCUUUCAACUUUCCCUUUCUUUGCUCAUCACUCUUGCCGAUCGUUUUCACCUUUUCCCCUUAAGUUGAUGUUAAACUAACGCAUUCCGCCAACGAUAGAUGGUUCGCGACAAGAUACGAAACUAUAAUCACCUCGCCUACUCAAUCCUGAAAUCCUACUCUUUUCAACUUUCACUUCAUCUUCACUUUUCACUUUCUCUUCUGUCUGCUGUCUCACCUGACUUGGCCUCACUGGGACGGUUGAGGGGAGGGGUGGAUGGGAAGGGGGCCUGAAGCCCCGUUGUAUUAUUCCUCAACGCCUACGGUUAUUCCUAGCAGCAGAAUCAUGAGCUGUA